GCCUUGGAGAAUUCUAGUACGACAAAUAUUUUUUUUUGCAACGCUCUUCCUUGUAUCCUUAACAUGUUCAUCUGUGUAAGUUUGUUCGUGCAGAUUUUAGCUUAUAAGAGAAAGACAUCUACCUUAUAGAUCACUUCGAAAUCUUGUCGACCCAGUUCACAGUCUUUGUUCAACUCCAUAAAACUGGCCGAUUAAGGUUGGUUAGAGUUCAAAGAUAUGAACUUUUUCCAAAAGAAGUUGAGAUGAUCUGCUGCUGGCUCUUAGCAUGGUAGAUUAAAACACUGAUUGAAAGAAUGUCAGCUUAUGGUCAUGAAAUGGAGCGGGAGUACUCCAUCCGGAGUCUCGAGAGUAGAGGAGGCUCUGAAUUGGGAAGCCGAUAUGCAGUUGAGUCAGGGUUCUAUAUGACAUCUUUUGCUGCAACAAUCUUCAUUGGUGGCCUUGCAACUGUUGGGAUUUUGUUGGUAACCUUGCUGAUUGCAUUGGCGGUAAUGUUGCAAUCCUGUCAAAGUAGCAGGGCUGGAGUUGUUGAAAUUGCUAAAGCAAGUGAUGAUUACAGUUACUGCAAAAUGUAUGCUCUACAUGCAGAACUUAACAGCUUGGAGGUAGAAGCUGAUUACUUCCCUUCAGUUUGUAGGGUUCUUGCUAUUCAAUAUCUCAAAGCUGGACUAUAUACUAGAGAUCUAAAUUUUACAGUGUGGAUGAUUGAAAGUUAUUUCAGUACUCUUUCACCAACUCCUGAUGGUCUAGAUGUGGUUCUGUUAGACAUAGAUUACGUUGUUGCUCCAAGUCCUCAAUGCACCAAGCUGUUAAUGGAUGGAAUUGAUCCAUGUGGUAAUGUUGAUGAUAUUAAAGAGGCCAAUCAUCUAAAGCAAAUGCUUACUCUGAAAUUAUUCUUGUCACUUCAAGCUAGUGGAUGGCCUGUGAUUCUGAUAUCCAGAAAACCUGAAGGACAACGAAAUGCCACCACAGAGCUCCUUAUUUCUGCAGGAUACGGAGACUGGGCUUCAUUGAUUAUGAGGGUAGAUGAUGAAAUGCAAAUGGAUAGCCGCGAAUACAUAUCUAGACAAAGGACAAUACUACAGGAAGGUGGCUUCCGCAUAACUUGUUUGAUUAGCUGCCAAAUGGAUGCUUUAAUGGGUCCAAAUCUAGGCAAGCGUGUCUUCAAGCUUCCAAAUCCUUUAUAUUAUGAUUUUCAGCAUCUCACUGAAAGAAAGAAGCUAGCAUAAUAGAUAAUGUUGAAACUAGGCUUUCCCACUAUGAUUUCUUCUGUUUAUCCAUCGUUCGUUAUUUGAAGAUCUUCCAUUUUAUUUGUGAACCCUGCUAAUCAUUAUGUUUUGAAUUCCUGGAGAGUUCAAUUGUGUGUGUUUGUGUGUAUAUAUAUAUAUAUAUAUAAAUAUAAAUAUGCUAAUAUUAAGUUUC